AUGGGCUGCCAGUGUGUUGGCUCCGAGGCUAAUCUUGAUAACUUUAUUUUUACAGUCCAAACGCCCCAGAAAUGGUCGCGGGACAGGCGAAAACAGAGUACCUUUGGUCGAGCCUUCUCGAGGUCCAUCCCGAGCAACGGGGUUGCCGUCGACAAAAAAGGCCCACUGGGAUUGAGUACAUUGCAUGACCCAAAUGAUGCUAUUGCGGACUUGAUAUUUGUCCAUGGGCUUGGGGGAGGCUCUGAAAGUACCUGGACCGAAUCACACAAUGGGACGUUAGAUCCCACCCUCUACUGGCCGAAAAGAUGGCUCCCGUACGAAGAUGGCUUCAGUGACGUCCGGAUACAUUCUUUUGGCUAUGAUUCGAAUUGGAAAAAGGAAAGCACCUUGAAUAUCCAUGACUUUGCUAAGUCACUUCUCGUCGCCAUUAUGGACAGCCCGGCCAUUAUCAAAAAGAAUCAAAAUAUUCCUCUACUGUUUGCGGCGCACAGUAUGGGUGGGCUAGUCAUCAAGAAAGCAUACAUAUUAUCGCGAUCCUCACACGAAUACACCUCCAUUGCCACUCGCACUAAGGCGAUGCUAUUUCUUGCGACGCCUCACCGCGGAUCGGAUUUAGGGACGACUUUUACAAAGAUUCUCAGCUUAUCAUCUGGAUCUCGGCCAUUUGUGACGGACCUUCAGCGUAAUUCUCAAAUCACACAAUCCAUGAAUGACGAAUUUUCAUCAUUGUGCGAAGAUCUUCAACUGUAUUCAUUCUAUGAGACCAUGCCGACAACUGUGGGACCGAGGAAGAUAAUGGUUGUGGAGCGAGACAUGGCGACCCUAGGUUAUACCAACGAGCGUACAGCGUACCUAAAUGCGGAUCAUCGCCACGUUGUAAAGUUUCUGACUCCAGAGGAUGUCAACUAUAAAACAAUUCGCAAUGCGUUAGCAGCGGUAAUUCAUGGGCUUGGGCAAGACCCACUGCUGGCUGCUGAUAAAAAGGUUAUGACCGGCUUGCAAGAUCAGUUGAACUUAUACCUAAACACUUCGGAGGCUCCCGGCGAUAUGCUCAUGACAGUAGAGUCAAUGAGGUUGCCAGGGUCGUGCGAAUGGAUUUUGAGUAAAGCAUCUUUCUUGGACUGGAGAGACUCGGCAAACCCUGCGAUCUACUGGGUCAGCGCAAAUCCAGGAACGGGCAAGUCCGUACUAUGUGGAUUUGUGAUUGGGUAUCUCAGGGAUUCUGCCCUCGCAUACUGUUAUUACUUGUUUUCUCUUGCGGAUAAGAAUACAUCUCGCAUUACAGCGUGUCUCCUUUCCCUGGCGUGGCAAAUAUCUGUUGCUCAACCAGACAUCAUGGAAACAGUCAUCGAAAUCUGCAGCACAGACGGCGGUGUUGGCAAGUUGACAGAUCAUCGGACUGUGUGGAGAAAGCUAUUCAUCGAAGGAAUCUUACGGCUCAAGCUUCAGAGAUUUUAUUUGGUGUUAGAUGCCCUAGAUGAAUGCGAAGAGAGCACAGAACUGGUCGCUUAUCUCUUGAAAAUGACCGAUGCGUGCGAUGUGCGAAUUUUCGUCACUCAUCGACGUCGUUAUGAGGCUCCAAAGAAUCUGAGUGCGUUGAAUGUUAAGGUCUAUGCCGAAACAAUAGGGCCGGAUGAGACAGAACUCGACAUUGCUCUGUACCUGCAAGAGAACAUCCAUACCCUGCCACAGUUAACCGACGAGGCACGUUUAGAUAUGGCGCAAAACAUUCUAGAGAAGUCCGCAGGCUGCUUUCUUUGGGUUGAUCUUGUAUUUCAACAGUUGAGAGAUUGCUUCACUGUGUCAGAUACGCAGCGCGUCUUAGAGGAAACUCCGAGUGAUAUGGACAAUCUCUACUCAACCAUACUGAGGGGAAUGUCAAAUGCGCCUCACGGAAAAGAAGUGGCAAAAUCGAUUCUGAAUUGGGUUGUUUGCUCGGCAAGACCUAUGACAGUUGAUGAACUUCAUAAAGCACUAGAGGUGGACUUGAACGACACUAUCCAUAAUGUCAGACGGGCAAUCGAAACAACCUGUGGACAACUCGUACACGUAGAUUUCCAGUCACAAGUACAUGUCAUGCACCAAACAGUGAAGGAACAGCUGCUGCACCACCACGAAUCAGAAUUCUCCAUCAUGCGUAAGAACGGCCAUAAAAGAUUGGCAUUGGUCUGCCUCAAAUAUCUUUCCGACUUAGAUGUAGGAGGGGCCAAACGUCGUCCAAAUGGUAACAGGUCGAUAUCAGUCCGAUCUCCUUUUCUUGCUUAUGCCAGUACGCAUUUGUCAAAUCACAUCACAUUUAUUGAUUCCACCGAUGACGAGUUUAUCACUGCUCUUGCGAGUUUCUUGUCAUCUCCCAAGGUGUUGCUAUGGAUAGAAUAUUUGGCGUCAUAA